AUGGUGCUUGGACAUGACAGUACUGGCCAAACCAAAUAUGGGAUCGCUCAAAUUGUUGCGGUCACCGAAAGUGAUGAAUAUGCUGUUAAUGUACCAAUGGCUGGCUCAGUCACUACACAUACGAUGUAUCGCAAACUUACGCUUCGACACGUUUCAAAUGCGUAUAUGGAUGUUGGACUUCAAAGCAUUUCCAAUUCACCAAUUGAUGGUGCUGAAUUUUUUGAAUGGACAACGGCUUAUCUUCACGCGGAACUUCCAUUGCCACUCAUGGACUUUAUUGAAAAAAAGGAGCGUCGAAUUCAUGAGUAUCUUUUGUCGCGUGGUCUGCUUCUCAAGAAAGUAAAGAAAGAGGAACCGAUAGAUGAUGAGGAAAGAAGGGAAGUCGUCCAGAAGAAAUCGAAGGUUUCUCGCAGACGUGAUUUGUAUGGCCAUUAAGGGAAUUUUUUUGUGUUUUUUCAUCCUCAUUGCUGAAUUUAAUCUCUCUCUCAUUCUUGUUGCAAAGCAA